UAAAGGAGGGCGCGUUGUUGUGGUUGGAGUAGGUACAUCUGAUCUGCCCCAGAUCUAACUGACAGCUGCCUGGGCCAUGAGUGAGUUUAGGAUACACCAUGAUGUCAAUGAGUUGCUCAGCCUGCUUCAUGUGCGAGGAGGUGAUGGAGCAGAGGGCUAUAUAGACUUACUGCAGAAGCACAGGACUCCAUAUGUCACCACAACAGUCUCUGCUCACAGCGCUAAGGUAAAGAUAGCUGAGUUUUCCAAAACCCCAGAGGACUUCUUGAGGAAGUAUGAUGAACUCAAGUCAAAAAAUAUACGCAACCUCGAUCCCCUGGUCUAUGUGCUAUCCAAACUCAGUGAGGAUAAAGAGACACUCCACUAUCUGCAACAGAAUGCCAAAGAGAGGUCGGACUUGGCAGCAAACACGUCCUCAACCGCAAGUACCAGUUACACUCUUCCUGCAACUAGCACCAAGAUGUCCAUGCAGGAACUGGAUGAGCUACGCAAGAAGCUCGGCAAUGUGACAGCGAGUUCUAAUGUUCCUCAGUCUGCAGAAGUCACACGGAGGAUGCUGAGGGACAGGCACAACAAGAAGAACCCCACCCAGCCUACGCCCGUAUUUCCAAACUGGGUGUAUGACCGUCCUGCUCUCAUAGGAGACUUCAUUGCCAGCUCCACAUCUGUGGGAGACACGGUUGUGGCCAUUGGUACCAUGCCCCUGGCAGCUCAGGAACAAGCUUUGGUCGAGGACUUACUGUUUGUGCUGAUUGGCGUAGAUGGGAGAGACAUUGCAGCUCAACCCGUCCUGGGGAGGCAGAACCGCUCCUUUAUCAUUGACCCAACUCUGGACAUGUCGAUCAAAGAGUUGGUCAGUCGGAUAUUACCGGUUGCAUCAUACUGCUCAACUAUAACACGCUUCAUAGAAGAGAAGUCUUCCUUUGAGUAUGGCCAAGUGAACCAUGCCCUAACCGCGGCAAUGAGGACCCUGAUGAAGGAGUACCUGAUCCUGGUCACCCAGCUGGAGCACCUCCACAGACAGGGCAUGCUCUCCUUACAGAAGCUGUGGUUCUACAUCCAGCCCACCAUGAGGACCAUGGAGAUACUUGCCUCCAUUGCCUCCUCGGUAGACAAAGGAGACUGUAUGGGUGGCUCAACGCUGAGCCUCCUUCAUGAUCGCACCUUCAACUACACCGGUGACAGCCAGGCACAGGAGCUGUGUCUCUACCUCACCAAAGCAGCAAGCGUCCCCUACUUUGAAAUACUGGAGAAAUGGAUCUACAGGGGUAUAAUAAAGGAUCCAUACAGUGAGUUCAUGGUUGAAGAACAUGAGCUGCAAAAAGAGAAGAUUCAGGAGGAUUACAAUGACAAGUAUUGGGAUCAGCGAUACACAAUUGUUCAACACCGGAUUCCAUCCUAUUUACAAAAAAUGGCAGACAAAAUUCUAAGCACAGGGAAAUACCUCAAUGUGGUGCGAGAGUGUGGCCGGGAUGUGACCUGCCCUGAUGCUAAGGAAGUCCUGUAUACACUGAAGGAGAGAGCCUAUGUUGAGCAGAUAGAGAAAGCCUACAACUAUGCCAGCAAGGUCCUCCUUGACUUCCUCAUGGAGGAGAAGGAGUUGGUGUCACGUCUUAGAUCAAUAAAGCACUACUUUUUGAUGGACAAAGGUGAUUUCUUUGUUCACUUCAUGGACCUGACAGAAGAGGAACUGAAGAAGCCAGUAGACGACAUUGUGCCUCCCAGACUGGAAGCCCUGCUGGAGUUGGCUUUGAGGAUGAGCACAGCCAAUACGGACCCCUUUAAAGAUGACCUCACGAUUGACUUAAUGCCCCAUGAUGUCAUUACUCAGCUGCUACGGGUGCUGGCCAUUGAGACCAAGCAGGAGAAGGCCAUUAUUAAUGCAGAGCCCGCAGAGGUGGCCCUCAGCGGCCUGGAGGCCUUCUCCUUUGACUACAUUGUCAAAUGGCCGCUCUCACUUAUCAUCAACAGGAAAGCGUUGACAAGAUACCAGAUGCUGUUCAGACACAUGUUUUAUUGCAAACAUGUCGAGAGGUUGUUGUGCAACGUGUGGAUCAGUAACAAAGAUGCCAAGCAGUACUCCUUACACUCUGCUAAGUGGUUUGCUGCUGCAUUCGCUCUCCGACAGCGCAUGCUGAACUUUGUUCAGAACAUCCAGUACUACAUGAUGUUCGAGGUGAUGGAGCCCACAUGGCACAUCAUGGAGAACAACCUGAAAACGGCAUCUAACAUUGAUGACGUGCUGUGCCAUCACACAAGCUUCCUUGACAACUGUCUGAAGGACUGCAUGUUGACCAACCCCGAGCUCCUCAAGAUCUUCUCCAACAUCAUGUGUCAGUGUGUCACGUUCACCAACUGCAUGCAGAGGUUCACCCAGAGCAUGCGGUUGGACCGUCUGUCCCUGGAGCACAGAAGCGCAGAGCCCACCCAAAGCCAACGUGCAGAGGACAUAGAUAAAAGGAAGCUGACCACAAAGUUUCCCGUUGAGCACGUGGAUGCUCUGCAGUCUGGUGCGGGCUUUGAGGCCACCAUCAGCAAGUUCGACAGCAACUUCAGUAUGCUGCUGCUGAACCUGCUGGACAAGCUCAGCAUCUACAGCACCAACGACUGUGAGCACAGCAUGAUCAACAUCAUCUACAGGCUGGAUUUCAAUGGAUUCUACACUGAGCGACUGGAGAGGAUGGCCAUCGAGAGGAGCCAGAAAACGGCAGCAUAAUAGCGUUUGUUUUUCUGUUGUGUGUAAAUGGUCAUCCAGUAAUAAGGACGUUCAGUUCCUCAUGUUUCCCCAUCACUCCAAUACCAGCCGCCCAGAUGUCAGCCAAGUAAAAGGCUGCGCUUUGUUCAUGAAACUGAUAUUUCUAAUCUGUGUAUACGAGCCCGUGUAUUGUAUGAAAUGUAGUCACUGUCUAC